CGCAAAAAGUGCAUAAAAGCCUGAGAAAAGUUGUGUCGCAUUCUGCAACCACGCAUGAAUAAACAUCAGUCACUGAUACACCUGUAGCAGUCUCUGGCAAAUGGACAUUGCGCACACUCCCCGGCAGCCAUUUCCUCCCAUCAUUCAAAAGAGACACCAUGGCCUUUGGAAGACGGUCCAGAUACACUUGCCUGUCAAUCAUUUGGAUACCACUUGCAAUUGUCAGCUUUGUUUGGUGGAACACGGAGGAAUUUGGCGUCAUUGUCCCAACUAAACCGAAGGGGCAUCCAUCUCCAGGAUUCCACAUAGGUCUACAUUUGAAACCAGAAAGACGGAGAAUCGUCAUCAUUGGGGCUGGACCCACUGCCUUGGGAGCAGCUCAGAGACUCUACGAACUCAAACAAGAGAUGAACAACACCGAGAUCAUGGUGCUGGAGCAACGGAGUCAACCAGGAGGAUUAGCGGGCUCGGAGAGGGACGAACGGGGCUUCUUGUGGGAUAUGGGAGGACACGUCAUAUUCUCCCAUUACUCCUACUUCGAUCAUACCUUGGACCGCGCCGUGCCAGAAUGGAACCAACACGUCAGGGCGGCGUUUGCCUUCAUGAAGGGAUCUGACGGGGCAAGGAGGUUCAUACCUUAUCCAGUCCAGCGCAACAUCCACGCUAUGCACAAACUGGAUCAAGAGAAGUGCUUGGCUGGAUUGGAAGAGAUCAGUAAAUUCCCGACGUUUGCAUCGCCCCGGGACUUCGACGAGUGGCUUCUUCUGAAAUUUGGGAGAGGUCUCUGUGAGCUGUUCAUGAGAAAGUACAACAGGAAAGUCUGGACAGUCGACACGAGAGAGAUGAACGCGGUCUGGGUCGGUGAGCGGGUUGCCGUCCCGGACGUGGAAGAAAUCAGGGCCAAGAUCCGUCAAGCAGACAGUGGUAAGCCAGCCAAAGAUUCCGCCUGGGGUCCCAACAGCUUCUUCCGUUUUCCUCGUCACAAUGGAACGGGCGGCAUUUGGACGGCAGUGGCCAAGUUGCUUCCACGCUCCUGGUUCAGCUUUCACAAGAAGGUCGUCGGCGUCGAUGCAGACAGCAAAGUUAUCACCGUCGAGUCCGCUGGAGUUCCAGGCUCUCGCCAUACGCUGAGUUACACAACACUCAUAUCAACCGUUCCUUUGGAUGAAUUCGUGGGCUUCCUAAGGAGCAAUGACCCGUCCCUUGGGAAGGUGAAACGAUUAGCAUCCCAACUCGUUUACACUCACACCCACAUUGUGGGUAUCGGUCUUACCGGUCGUGCUCCGAAGAGUCUCGCUGAUAAAUCGUGGAUGUACUUCCCGGACUCAGAUUCCCCAUUUUACCGCGUUACCGUGUUCUCCAAGUAUUCGACGGACCAUGUUCCUAAAUCGGGAGAGUACUGGUCGCUGAUGUGCGAGGCCGCUGAACCGAAGGGCAGUAAAUUGGUGUCCUGGAACCGGGCCAAUGUGAUAAGUCAGACGAUCAAGGCCUUGGUCUCAUACGGGUUCAUCACCGUGGAUAUGAUCGUCUCCAAGUACUACCAUCGUCUGGACCACGGCUACCCCGUUCCGUCUCUCAACAGGGACAGGAUACUUAACGCCGUGCAGCCUUGGUUGGAGGCUAAAGACAUUUUCUCGCGUGGACGUUUCGGAGGUUGGAAAUACGAGGUUGGGAAUCAGGAUCAUUCAUUAAUGCAGGGAGUGGAGCUCGUGGACCGAGUUGUCAGGGGCAUCCCAGAGGAAACCUACGCGAGCCCUAACCUCGUCAACAGCCAAAAGAACACGGGUCGAAUUGUGCGCACAGAACUACCCGACUAUGAAAUUGUGGUAGCCCAUUACAACGAGGAACUCGAUUGGGUGAAACCUUACGCCGACCACGCCCACGUCUACCACAAAGGGAACGAAGAAGGAGCACCGUUUGAGCUGUAUGCAUGGGAGAGAUUGCCCAACGUCGGACGAGAAGGGCAUACGUACCUUCAUCACAUUAUCAACCACUACAAUCACCUGAGCAACAUAACCGUCUUUUUACAGGCCGGCUUUCGACGUCACCGUUCCUUUUGCCACACGGACCCUCUCACUUACGUCGCGUCCGUCAAAGAGGGCGUCCCUUGCAAGCACUUACGGGAGCAAGUGAUCAGAAAAUGGGGCAGGAUACGCUAUCGCCCGACGAAGAAAAUGCGCUGGUCAAACUUGACCUUGGGAGAAUUCUAUAAAGUUAUAUUUGGCUCCCCGCCACCUCCAGCGGGCAUGCCGCACUGUUACAACGGAUGCCUCGCAGCUUCACGGCUAAUGAUUCACAAGCAUCCCGUGAGCUUCUACCAAAAGGCCAUUUCCUUCUUGAGCAAUGAUUCCGAUCCUGAGGAAGGGCACUAUAUCGAAAGAUUUUGGUACUGGAUGUUCAUUGAAAGAAAAGACUGAAGAACUUUACGGAUUUAACGGGUCAGAAAACUAAAAACUAGCUCUGUAGUCCAAGAAUUUCUGAAACAGCAUGAAUUUAUUCGUCAUUGGUACACUACUUAAACGAAUAGAUACUAAGAGCACAAAGUGAAAAUUCUGGUCAUUUUUGUCUUUAGGCAUCAAGGUCAGAACGUCACCUCUAACAAUUAUAAACAGGAUUUUAAAUUUUGGCUUACGGGCUGGCUAUAUGCUCUUGCAUAAACCGUAAAGAAAAGCACUACAUUUUUUCUAAUUAAAAUUGAGCCUAGAAGGAAUUGAACUCACACCAUUGAAUGAUGAUGAGCGAAUACCGUUUUUAGUUUUAUGCAAUACGGUAAAGAUUCGAAACCUUGCACGGUGGAGGUUGUAGCUUGAGAGAAGUAGGACUAUUUUCAGGUAUUGUGGAAUCGAUCCUUUCUAUGUGAUGUUUCUGAGAAGAACCAAUGAAUAGGAAACUCGACAUUUCAACCGUUGCUCCCAUUCACCGCUUGUCAGAACCAAGAGAUCGAUUCACGUGGUACACCAGCAAACUUUUCUCAUUCACUUGGUUUUAUGCAGCCACAGUACUUUGAAUAAAAAAAAUUGGAAACGGA